AUGCAUGAUAAAGUCAGUGAAAGAGGCGUUGAACUGAUCCAAACUGAACCCGUCGUGUGCAUUAGUGAUGGUUGUUUGCGAGGCACAGUCUUGCAGAACAGUGUUGGCAGCUCUUAUCCAGCGUUUCUGGGCAUUCCGUUUGCCAAACCACCCAUCGGGAAGCUUCGGUUUGCGAAUCCACAACCCAACGAUCCAUGGCAGGGAAAGUACAAUGCAUCCACGACAAAGAGUGCAUGUAUCCAGAUAGUAACGGUCCUCCCAUCGUCUCGCCUGUACGGGUCAGAGGACUGCCUGUACCUGAACGUGUUCAUGCCAACUCUACAAAUACUUGAAGACGCCCUACUGCCCGUGAUGGUCUACAUUCAAGGUGGUGGAUUUCUAUACGGCUCAGCGCAAUUGGAACAGCGUAAUCCUGCCCGCUUUAUGACCUGGCGUCGUGUGAUCGUUGUGACGUUCCAGUACCGCUUGGGUGUGUUUGGAUUUCUUUCCACGGGCGACCGGUCUGCACCAGGAAACUUUGGAAUGAAGGAUCAAGUGAUGGUUUUGCGAUGGGUAAAAAAGAACAUCCGGGCGUUCGGCGGUGAUCCCAACCGGGUAACGAUCUUCGGUGAAAGUGUUGGAGGAUCCAGUGUACAGUACCAGAUGCUCAGUCCUCUGAGUCGUGGUUUGUUUCAUCGGGCAGUAAGCAUGGGUGGUAGUGAUUUCAAUAGCUUGAAAGGAGCGAUCAGUAGUCCUCUUGCUUUCCUGUUUUCAGAAGCCUAUUUCCAGUACCCGAUGGUCAAGAACAUCAAGCAACACCUCGCCAACCGGAAGAAUACUUCGACCAGUGUCUACUCCUUCCAGUUUCGUGGCCGGUACUCCUUCUCCAAACUGUUAACCGGGUCAGAAAAGUCGUACGGGAUUAGCCUUCUCGACGAGAUGAUCUACCUUUUCCGUAUGCCACUGUUUUUCCCCGAGUUUCCACCAGGCUCGCCGGAAGCGGAAAUGACCCAACUGUGGGUAAAGUUUAUUGUAGACUUUGCCACGCAAGAAUCUGUCGAUAAGAUCGGAACAUGUUACGGCGAAAAGUGUGAUGUGGUGACAAUCGACGAGGGCCGCAUGCGGCCCGCGGGCCGCCAGUUUGACAUACCUGAUCUAGAGCAUUAA